AUGGGGUCGGAACUCGGGGUUGACCCAAACUCCAAGGAGGAGCUCAAUUUGUCUCCUGUCAGCAUCUGGUGGGUAUGCUGGACUGGGAUAUGGACCGCUGUCGUUGCGCUGGGCAUGGCCUAUCUCAUCUUUCAUCGAAAUUCGACCCCUCUACGACUUCGAGGCAUCGGGCUUUCGCUAUCUGCCGUCGUUCUCCUUCACUUAUACUGGAUUACUGUUCAGCUAGGAUUGUUGGUCGGCUCAACGAUCCCAGGAAACGCCGAAUUCUGGAUUAUGGGCACUCUGUUGCCGUGUGGCAUUGCCUUGUUCCAUGCCUCCAAUAGUCGCUUCAUCCAUGUCGCGAAUCUUCAGAAGAGAUAUACUCGGCCUAACAGCCGUCUAGUCGGAUUACCUUAUGGCAACACUGCUUUUGAACCCAAGGGCAGCAGGGGCCUAAUCGAUCGCUUCCGCCGUCUUGACUAUACUGCCAAGAGUCUCAUCACUGUGGGCUUUGCAAUGCUCUUUCAAAUAUUUCUUACUGCCCUGAUGUAUAUCGUCUCUCGGAAAUGGCAUAGUUCCUGGGGUAUCCCCGGCACUGAGGUUCACGGGACUGCCCUGGAGCAGAAAGCCGAGAUGGGUCGAGGCUGGGAGUGGUGGCCUGGGGUAUUUUGGCAGUUCUUCUGGUCUUGGAUCGUUGCCCCGGUUGUUCUUUGGAAGUCUCGCGAUAUCCAUGAUACUCAGGGCUGGCGAGUUCAAACAAUUGGCUGUGCGGCUGCGAGUCUCCACGCUACUCCACUUUGGCUCAUUGCUCUCUAUGUUCCCGCUAUGGAGGCAGUCAACAAGUACUGGCUACCUCCCCAGUGGAUCUGCCUAUCGAUUAUUUUCAUCCAGAUAUUUACGGUACUACUACCUUGUUGGGAGGUAUUCCGAUACCAGUCCCUUCGACAAGAGACCCUCGAUUUGAUUGCGGAUUGGGAGUCGAAACAAAAGGAUGGCCCUGAUAUCAAGUCUCUGAAAUCAGCCACUGCAACCGUCGAGUCUAUGAUGUCAGGUUCAGUCAAGACAGACAGUUCCGAUGAAAGCGUGAUGACAAUGCCCGCUCUUGAAUACGUCCUCGACCGUGAUCCUGCCUCCCUCCAGAACUUCUCAGCACUGCACGACUUUUCUGGAGAAAACAUCGCCUUCCUCACGAGCGUAGCCCAAUGGAAAGGCUCCUUACAGGAUCCCUCUGAUCUUGACGAUGAAGAGGAUAUCAAAGAGAUGCUACAGGAGCGGUUCAAUAGCGCUUUAUCUAUUUACGUCGAGUUUGUCAGCGCUCACGCCGAAUUCCCGAUCAACCUUUGUUUCCAAGACCUCGCAAAACUUGAGAAUGUCUUCGAGGUACCUGCUCGUAUCAUCUACGGCGACGAGCCCGAGCUGAACCAGAUUGCCCCCUUCGAUAUGCCAAGUUUUUCCAGGCUACCUUCAGCCAUGUCCUCCCACGGAUCUGAGAAGGAAAUCCGGGUAACAGCAUCUGUGCUCCGAGACCGUGUGUGGUAUUGGGGUGAAGUUCCCGAGGAUUUCGUCUCCUGUGGACUCGGUGCGAAUGUCUUUGAUGAUGCUGUGAAGGCAGUCAAGUAUCUCGUCCUCACCAACACGUGGCCAAGAUUCGUGAGAAGUCGAAGCACCACCUGUCGGUUACCGUUUACUACUGGAUGCGGCUUUGAUGUUGAGCUUGCACGAGCGCAGCAAGUGAGGUGA